CACCCCCUCUCCUCUCCUCUUUACCCUCCCCGAAUCGAUCAGCAACCACUACGCUCGUUUCUGCUGUGACGAAUCUGACCCGAUCAGGAUCCAGCUGUUUUUACUAUCAGCUCCUUGCACGCCAGAAGGGACGAGAGAAAUACAAUCAUGGAGAGUCGGUCGUUCAGUCCUGUGGGCUUGGACGCGCUACCUCAAUCAAAUGCAAAUAUGGAUGCAAAAGAUGGCACCCGCGCACCCGACACUCCUCUGGAGGAAAACAAAGACGCAUUGGAGCCGGAUAAUCACAAGACGAUCCAGCUGUCGGGUCCUGUUGUGGAGGAGGACAUAAGUGGGGUUCCGGAAGUGAAAGGUAACAACAACGUCCCCGCAGAAAAAUUAGAGGAGAAAAAGGAAAGGAGAAAAGAAGGGGAAAAGGUAGAGGAAGACGUUGCUAGUGGGAUUGAGGAAGGAGUGUCGCCGGUUUCCGCCCCCGCCGCGACUUCGACUGCUGCCGACAAUGCCACCACUGACAUCGCCAACGACAUCGCCAACGACACCGCCGACGACCUCGCCGCUCCCGAUGUCUCACCUGCGCUUAUGACUACACCCCCUCCACGACAGCUUCACUCUCCAAAUAUGUCAGAGAGGUUACUGGUAUCUCAGCCCCAACUGUCCACGCCUCAGCAGCAAGUAGAGAGCAUGCGUCGGGCAGCUGAGGCCUGCCGACCGCUCAUCUUCAACGAUAUCCCCCCACCAUCGCCCAUUGUGGAACCCGGAGCCCUGCAUGAGCUAGGGGACCCGGCCUCGCCCAAUCGCCGACGAUCAUCAGCUAAUGCAGGGAUUGCGGGACUGGAAGAGCUACGCCGUGAUAGGAUGGAUCAGCUCAUCCACGCAACCGGGUUUGAUGGCACCGGUGAGAAUAGUCAGGAACUAGAACAUGAGCAUACUAUCGACGCGUUUAUAAAGCUAAAUUUUGAUGAUGGAAACGUUUACUACGUGAAGAAUUCCUCAGUCAUAUUUGGCCGCAUGGAGGGCGCUACGAGUAACACUUUUCAACGGAUUGGCCCGGACGGGAGCACGGUUAUUGGCGGGGGCAACGGGUUCGGCUUCGAGCACCCGACGACAUCAGGCGCCAUGGGCAUGAAAAGGGAGAAGAAGAAGCGAAGAAAGAAGAAGGAUGGUGUGGGCAGCAAGAAAAGUAAAUCCACUACCAGUGGUGGGAGCAGUGCUGCUCCCGUCACAUCCCGCAAGGGCUCGGCUUUUCAAGGACAGCUGCAGUUACCGCUUUUUAGAGACCCGUUCGGAUUCCAGUAUGGCAAUCAUAACAAUCACUUUACCCAGGAAGAUGAGACACCUAUGAUUUACCUGCCCCCUCCGAACCCUUCUGGGGAGCAGGAGGUUGUUAGCGCUGCUCCUCCCAAAAAGAAUAUAUCUCGUAAGCACGCUAGGUUGGCUUACAAUGCUGUUCGGGGGUGGUUUGAACUGGAUAUCAUGGGCAAGAAUGGCGCGUUUGUCAAUGAAGAGUUUGUGCAGGUGGGGACGAAGCUUAUUAUCAAUCCGAAGGAAGGGACUAAGGUUCAGAUUGGUGGUGUUAGCUUUGUGGUAUACGUUCCGGAGCAUUUGGAGGGUGGUCUAGAAGUGAUUGAGCCCCCUGCUGUGAGUGGAGGGAUGGGGAAAGGGAAGUGUGGUAAAGGGAAGGGUGGUAAAGGGAAGGGUGGAGAGGGGAAGAGUACUAAAGGGAGAAUGACCUUUCCCUUUAAUGAUGAUAAUGGCAUGGAGAGUGAUUUGAGUGAUCCCGAUGCGGAUAUGGGUGUUGAUGAUAGUGAGGAUAGUGUAAAUGGAAAUGGUGACAGAGGGGAGAAUGAGAGAGGAGAGGAGAGUGAUCAGGAUAGUGGUGAAGAGGAUGAUGGGGGUGAGGAUGAUGAGGGUGAUGAGGGUGAUGUGGAGAAUUCUGAGGAGGUGGAAUGCUUGGGAGAGGAAGGGGAGGAGGACUCUCCAAGCCCUGAACCCGUUAAGAUUGAGAAGCGCGGCCGAGGGAGACCUCGAAAAGAUCAGACUGAAGCCCGCCGAAAAGAAUUGGUGAAAGAGAAAGCUGCGGCAGAGCGAACAAAGGUGAAGGAGAAGGAGAGGGAGAGACGGAAGAGAGAAAAGUUGGAAGCAGGGCGAAGGGAGAAGGAACUUGAGAAAGAGCGUGAGAAAAAACAAUCAGAAGCUCAGCAACAAAAAGAGGAACGUCGACGUCUAAAAGAGCGAUUGCAGAAGGGGAAGGAGAGAGAGAAGAAAAAAUUGCAUCUUCCGGUGUCGGUGAAGGGUGGCAGAGAAGAGGCCAAGAAGGAAAGGAAGUUAUACCUUCCCCCUCCACUUUCGGCCAAAUCUGAAAAACCCUCUGCUCUGACCCAAGAACGAAAGGGUCCAGGGCGACCUCCCAAAGGUAUAAAACAUGAGGUGCGAACUCAAGCUCCGUUGCAACCACCACUCCAACAAUCUCCAUCUCCCACUCAGCAACCACAACAAGAGAAUUCUGCAAAUUCUCAACAAGAUACCGAGAUGUAUCUCUCUUCCUAUCGCGACGACCUGCAAGAACUUGCACCCCUAGCGGCUGCCAACCUAGCUAUGUCUAUGCCGAUUGACCCCGCUCUUUCCUAUGAUUUGCCCCAGGAGCAUGCCCAACCUGCGCCAGCUGUUUUCCAGCAAUCUCCGAAGAGGGAAAAGGGGGGAAAACCAAAGAAGGAAAAACCACCCCCAAAGAGGAAGCGCAGUCCCUCUCCCGAAAUUAACGAGGCUGAUUUUUCUCCUGAAGCUUUGUUGAAACCUUCGGCCUCUUAUGUCGUUCUUAUUCAUGAGGCAAUUUCCUCCUCCGAGAGAGGCGCCUUGACUUUACCAGAGAUCUACAAGGCCAUUGAGCGGAAGUAUCCUUACUACAAAUUAAGGGUUACUACCAACGGAUGGCAGAGUAGCAUCAGGCACAAUCUUAGUCAACACAGAGCUUUCUACAAAGUCGAGCGCAGCGGGAAGGGUUGGCUAUGGGGCUGUACAGAAGGUGUCAGUAUUGAGAAGGAGAAGAAAGGUAGCGCGGCUACUCGUUCUAUAAGCUCUGCAAGCCAUGCAUCUGGAAUUUCCGACGGCCAUCGCAAUGAUCAGACCGGGCAGAUGCCAUCAGUUCAAUAUUGCAAUGACGCCCCACCUCAAUCUGCACCGCAACCCCCUCAAUACUUACCACACACCCGAUCCCAGCACCCGCAAUACCAACAAGCUCCGCCCGCGCCCAGCAUUAUUCCAACUCCCCGUCUACCUCCCGCAUACUACGCGCCAAUUCCCAGUGCCGCAAGUUUAAGGCAGCAGCAGCAUAUUCCUUCCCUACAACAGCAGCCUCCAGCGAAUGUACAGAGUGGUGGAUAUGGCCCGGAUGUCAGGGAGGCGAUUAUUGAACUUCAAGUGUUGAUCCAACACCACAAGGAUGCGCCCGGGCCACGCUCUCCUGAGAUUCUGAAGAUGGCAACUGAAGUGGUGCACAGCUUGAUGAAUAAAGGCCCGGGUGACCCGGGUGCAAUAGAAGCUAUUAGUAGAUUGUCUGCCAUCAUUAUGCAGAUUAAUCCCCCUGCGAAGGCUGUUACCCGAUUGCCGGUGCCACAACAACAGUACCAGCAACAACAUGGGCAGAUUCAAACCGGGAAGGGGAAGGAGGUUGCUGCUUCAGUGGUUGGUAUCGAUGCUACUACUCUGACUCCUACCGCGGUUGCUCAAACGGCUCGCCAGAGCAAUGUCGUUGGCAGUGCUCCCACUGCUGCUGGGAGCAACCACGCGCCAGUUGCAGCUCCUCAGGCGAAUAAACAUUCCACUCCCAUUAGCAUUAAAGACCUCUCCCCAGAGGAGAAGGCCAUGCUAGUCAAGAGGUUGCUGCUAGCUAAGAAGCAGAAGGAACAGGCUGCGGCAGCAGCUGCCGCCAAUAGUGUCUCUUCUGUUAGUCCUUCAGCAGCGGUAUCUACGCCUGUUCUCGUUACAUCCGCACUCACACAAACGUCUCUCCAUGCCCCAUCUCCAGCCGCCAAACCCGUCUCUGCACCUAUCCCUAUUACCACCGCCUCUGCAGACUCAACACAACUUCCGGCGACCCCCACCUCUACCAAACGGCCUCGCGAGCACGAACCAGAGCCUCAGGACUUGGAGGCAAAACGCCAGAACACCGGCUAG